ACCACCUCUGUCUCACUCGCACGGUUCACACGUGACUGGAGGAGAACACUCCGCCUCUAUAUAUUAUUCUCGAACUUUCCCACUCCUUGUUGUCCUCGUUUGAUCUCACUCUAACCAAGCAUUACUUUUCGAAGCUUUUAUCUCCAUCUCUGUAUUCGGUUACCAUGGCCACCAAGAGGAGCGUCGGAACUCUCAAGGAGACUGAGUUGAAGGGAAAGAGGGUUUUUGUGAGGGUUGAUCUGAAUGUUCCAUUGGAUGACAAUUUGAACAUCACCGAUGACACCAGAGUCCGCGCCGCUGUCCCCACUAUCCAGUAUUUGAUGGGCUAUGGUGCUAAAGUUAUUCUCUGCAGUCACUUGGGUCGCCCAAAGGGUGUCACACCCAAGUACAGUCUAAAGCCCCUUGUCCCAAGGCUUUCUGAGCUUCUGGGCUAUGAUGUUAAGAUGGCAAAUGAUUCUGUUGGCGAGGAAGUUGAGAAGUUGAUUGCUGAGACUCCAGAGGGAGGAGUUGUGCUUCUCGAGAAUGUCAGGUUCUACAAGGAAGAAGAGAAGAAUGACCCCGAGUUUGCCAAGAAGCUAGCAUCACUUGCAGAUGUCUACGUGAACGAUGCAUUCGGUACUGCCCACAGGGCUCAUGCAUCCACUGAGGGUGUGGCCAAGUACUUGAAGCCUUCUGUUGCUGGAUUCCUUAUGCAGAAGGAACUUGAUUAUCUUGUUGGAGCUGUGGCCAAUCCCAAGAGGCCAUUUGCUGCCAUUGUUGGGGGUGCAAAGGUGUCAUCAAAGAUUGGAGUAAUAGAGUCCUUGUUGGGGAAAGUAAACCUUCUCUUCUUGGGUGGAGGGAUGAUCUUUACCUUUUACAAGGCCCAGGGUUAUACGGUUGGAUCAUCACUAGUAGAGGAAGACAAGUUGGAGUUGGCUUCUUCACUUAUGGAAAAGGCCAAGUCUAAAGGUGUAACUAUUCUUCUCCCAACAGACGUGGUCAUCGCAGACAAGUUCUCUCCUGAUGCUAACAGCAAGAUUGUGCCAGCGUCGAGCAUCCCCGAUGGGUGGAUGGGAUUGGACAUUGGCCCAGACUCCAUCAAAACAUUCAGUGACGCUCUUGACACCACUCAAACCGUAAUUUGGAACGGUCCUAUGGGAGUCUUUGAGUUCGAGAAGUUUGCUGCUGGAACGGAGGCUGUAGCCAAGAAGCUAGCCGAGCUCAGCGGUAAGGGAGUGAAAACCAUCAUUGGAGGAGGUGAUUCAGUUGCAGCAGUGGAGAAGGUUGGCCUUGCUGACAAGAUGAGCCACAUCUCAACCGGUGGUGGUGCCAGUUUAGAGCUUCUUGAAGGGAAGCCACUCCCUGGAGUUCUUGCUCUUGACGACGCUUAAGCCUUUUUUGUUCAUUCCCUCAGUCUUCUCUUUUGCAAAAUUUAUGCCCGUUACAAUGGUUGGUUUUUCAACCAGAGGAUGAUGACCUCUGAUAGAGCUUUGAUCCUGUAGAGCCGUAUAGCCAUUAGAUCAGAAUAAGUGCUUUUCUCAUGGUGAUUAUUUAUAUUUUUCAUCCAUGAAAACAUUGCUUUUGGAGGAAUGUAUCUUUUUGGAACCAUGUUUUCAACCAAACCAUCUUCAAUUGAUGAGUGUGUUUUUAGCUCUUUAA